AUGGCAACUUUGAUCCACUUGAUUUGGUUGCAAAGGCUGGCUAGGUCACCUGAACUUGUUGAUGCCAAAGCCGCAGGUACGAAUGUCUUGGUGUUGGGCAACUUGAAGACUGAACAAGAAUCUGUGUUGGGCAACUUGACUGAACAAGAAUUUGUGUUGGGUAAGAAUGACAUGCAAAUUCAAGCGGGCCCAAGUCCAAAGUCCCUUGCUGAUAAUGUUCGAAAUGAACAAGUGUCCAUGUCGCUCGAGACUCAGAUUGAUGAAGAGAACCGUGCUCGAUUGCAAGGGAUGUCAGCGGAUGAGAUUGCUGAAGCACAGGUUGAGAUCAUGGGAAGGCUGGACCCUGCGCUGCUCAAUGUGCUCAAAAGGAGGGGUGAAGAGAAAUUGAGGAAGCAUAGAAGCCCCAGUUCGGAUAACAAUGAACCAAAAGCUUCCCCUAGCUCUCAAAGUGGCAUGUCUCAUGCGGACACAACAAUUACCUCAAACCAUACAAAGACUGCGGAAGAGAAUGGGUUGGAGCAGAACUCAGGCCAAGCCAGUGGAAGUUUGUGGACUGCUUGGAGGGAGAGAGUCGAGGCUGCUAGGGAAUUAAGAUUUUCCUUGGAUGGGACUGUUAUUUUAAAUGGUUUCCACCAGAUACCUAAGAGUAGUAAUGUUUCUGAGCGUGACUUCCUGCGUACUGAGGGGGAUCCUGGUGCUGCUGGCUAUACAAUCAAAGAAGCAGUGUCACUCACUAGGAGUGUGAUUCCAGGACAACGGUCGAUGAUUUCAUCAUCAACAUCCAAAUCGCUUUCUGCAGCCAUGCUCAAAUACAUAUCAACCACCAACAAUUCACCACUUGACUCAACCAAGAACUUCUUAUCGCCACCAAAUACAGGAUUUGCAACCACACUAAGAUUUGAGUGCAAACCGACGAUCACAAAUUGUAGGCUUUGUCUCGAUGAUAACCAUAGUUCUGUAGUUCUAGCUUGUGCCAAAGUUCUUCACUGCAUAUUGAGCUAUGAUGUGAAUGAGAACUUCUUUGAUAUCUCAGAGAAAAUAGCAACUCGUCAUAAGGAUACAUUUACUGCCGCUGUAUUUAGAAGUAAACCAGAGAUUGCUGUUGGUUUCCUUCGUGGUGGAUUCUGGAAGUACAAUGCUAAGCCUUCUAAUAUUCUUGCUCUUGAUGAGGAAAUUAUUGAUGAUGAGACUGAAGGGAAACGUACAAUUCAGGAUGAUGUUGUGGUUGCCGGACAAGAUUUUGCUGCAGGUUUGGUGCGGAUGGGAAUCCUUCCAAGGCUUCGUUAUCUUUUGGAGUCAGACCCUACAGCGGCUUUGGAAGAAUACAUCAUUUCUUUACUUAUAGCUAUUGCAAGGCAUUCCCCAAAAUGUGCAAAUGCAGUCAUGAAUUGUCAAAGGCUAAUCCAAACAGUUGUCAGCAGAUUUAUUGCAAAUGAGAGUGUAGAAAUCCAGCCUUCUAAAAUAAAGUCUGUUAGACUUCUAAAGGUGUUGGCUCAAUCUGAUGGGAGGAAUUGUGUUGAUUUUAUAAAGAAUGGGAGUUUCCAAACUAUGACAUGGCAUUUGUAUCAAUCUAUUUCCUUCCUUGACAAAUGGGUAAAAUCUGGAAAGGAAAACUGUCAACUUUCUUCGGCUUUGAUGGUUGAACAGCUGCGUUUUUGGAAGGUUUGCAUUCAGCAUGGGCAUUGUGUGUCAUACUUCUCAGAUAUUUUCCCCAACUUGUGCAUAUGGCUGAACCCACCUAUAAUUGAAAGGCUUAUAGAGAAUGAUGUACUUAGUGAAUUUGCAUCCAUCACUACGGAGGGCUACCUUGUGCUGGAGGCUUUGGCUAGAAGGCUUCCAAGUUUGUUCUCACAGAAGAAUCUGAGCAAUCAAAUCUCUGAGUAUUCUGGUGAUGACACCGAGUUCUGGUCUUGGAGCCAUGUUGGUCCAAUGGUUGAUAUAGCUUUGAAGUGGAUAGUUAUGAAGAGUGAUCCUAGCAUAUGUAAUUUAUUUAAGAGCGAAAAUGGAGUUGAUGUUCUUUUUGUGUCCCAAGAUUUAUCAGUGACUUCCUUGUUAUGGGUGUAUUCAGCUGUCAUGCACAUGCUUUCCAGAGUGCUUGAAAAAGUGAUCCCAGAUGAUACUGUCCACUCGCAUGAAAGUGGUAGUCUUGUGCCAUGGCUUCCAGAGUUUGUUCCUAAAGUUGGACUUGAAAUUAUUAAAAAUGGGUUUAUGGACCUUUCAGAUACUAAUGAUGCAAAAUAUGGAAAAGAUCCUAAUGGAAGUGGCUCUUUCAUUGAGAAACUUUGUCAUUUGAGAAGUCAGGGUACAUGUGAAACAUCAUUAGCUUCUGUAUGUUGCUUACAGGGGUUAGUGGGGAUUAUCAUUAGCAUUGAUAAAUUGAUAAUGUUAGCCAGGACAGGCGUCCAAACUCCUUCCCAAAAUUACACUUCAACAAGAGAAGAGAAAAUCCUCAAGGAUGGUAUACUUGGGGGCUGUUUGGUUGAAUUGAGAAGUGUGCAAAAUACUUUUAUGAAGUUAGUUGCUUCAGACUGGCACCUUGUGCAGUCCAUUGAGAUGUUUGGCAGGGGUGGUCCUGCUCCUGGAGCGGGAGUUGGCUGGGGUGCCUCUGGUGGAGGAUUUUGGUCUGCUACUUUUUUGUUGUCUCAAGCUGAUUCAAGAUUUCUCGUUGACCUACUUGAAAUUUGGAAGAUUGUGUCCAAUUUUGAUAUCCCCACCGAAGAAGAAAUGACUUUGACUAUGCUGGCAAUUAAUUCAUCUCUAGGAGUAUGUGUAACUGCAGGACCUACAGAUGGGACUUUUGUGAAAAAGGCAAUAAAUAUUUUGCUUGAUGUCUCAGUUCUGAAGUAUCUUGAUCUCUGUAUUAGGCGUUUUCUUUUCUCGAAUAAGGGAUUUAAAGUGUUUGAUUGGGAGUACAAGGAAGAGGAUUACCUGCUCUUCAGUAAAACAUUAGCUUCCCAUUUCAAUAACAGAUGGUUAUCUGUAAAGAAAAAGCUCAAAGAUAGUGAUGGCAAUAAUUUAUCUGGCAGUAAACCACUGAAGAAUGGUAAAGGUUCCCUUGACACCAUAUAUGAGGACUUGGACACAUCACAUAUGAUCAGUCAAGAUUGCACUUCUUUAGUUAUAGAGUGGGCUCACCAGAGGCUGCCACUACCCAUUUCCUGGUUUCUCAGUCCAAUUUCAACCCUUUGUGAUAGCAAGCAGGCUGGUCUUAAAAAAUCUUCCAAUUUACAAGAUCUCAUUCAGGAUCCAGGUGAUUUCCUUGUAGUUUCCCAAGCUGGGCUUUUCUUCCUUUUGGGUAUUGAAGCACUGUCCAGUUUCUUACCAGAUGACAUCCCAUCCCCAGUUAAAAGUGUAUCGUUAGUUUGGAAAUUGCAUUCUCUAUCUAUGAUCUUACUCGUUGGAAUGGGUGUCAUUGAGGAUGAGAGGAGUAGAGCUGUUUAUGAAGCUUUGCAAGAUCUCUAUGGGAAUUUUCUUCAUCAGGCAACGUCGUGCAACUUAUUGACAGAACCUAGAAAUGAAAACAACCCGGAGUUUCUGGCAUUCCAAUCGGAGAUUCACGAGACUUACUCAACAUUCAUUGAAACUCUUGUGGAGCAGUUUUCUGCUAUAUCUUAUGGUGAUUUGGUUUAUAGCCGGCAAGUUGCAGUUUAUCUUCACCGUUAUGUGGAAGCUCCUGUGCGCCUUGCUACCUGGAAUACACUAACUAAUUCUCGUGUUCUUGAACUUCUGCCACCUUUAGAGAAUUGCUUUACUGAUGCCGAGGGUUACCUCGAACCUGUUGAGGAUAAUUUUGGUAUUUUGGAGGCUUAUGCGAAGUCGUGGACUUCUGGUGCCCUCGACAGAGCUGCAAGUCGAGGAUCACUUGCAUAUACACUGGUUCUCCAUCACCUUUCAGCAUUCAUUUUUAAUUCGUGCACUGGUGAUAAGCUAUUGCUUCGGAAUAAGCUUUCCAGGUCUCUUUUGCUAGACUUCUCCUUGAAGCAACAACAUGAGGCAAUGAUGUUGAACCUA